AUGAUGCUCCUAUUCAAACCGUCGUCGACUCUAGGUAGAAGAACAAAACCACGUCCAUACCAAAGCUUCUCCGAGUCUCUUCUAUUGGAUAGUAUUGAAGCAACCGAAGCUCUCACCAGAAAAUGGAUCUCACCAGAUCCCUCUCCUUCUUCUUCUUCCUCAUCAUCACCAGCCACUUCUUCUUGCUCUCUCUCCUCAAUCUUCUCAACCACUAACCGCGUCGAAGGCAGAAGGUUCGUAGAACUCAUCAACAGCUUGCAAUACGCAAUCCAAGGAGUGAAGCUAGUGAAUCCCGAGUCUCCAAAGCUCUCUCGAGCGCACAACCUCAUCACCAUCGCCAUGAAACACCUGGAGAAAGAGUUCUACCGGAUCUUGAAAUCGAACCGACGGAAUCUUGAUCCCGAAACCGUCUCCGUUAGAUCCUCCAGAUCCUUCAUCUCGAGGCAGAACAAAAUUUCUAACGUUCCGAAAUCGGACGAUGCGGAUGUCAUGACUGAUCUGAAACUGAUCGCUGACUGUAUGAUAUCUUCAGGCUACGAAAACGAAUGCGUGAAGAUCUACAAGAAGAUAAGAGGAUCCAUCAUCGUGGAAUCUUUAAACAAACUCGGAUUCGAGAAUCUUAGUUUCGGCAAGGUUCAGAAACUCGACUGGGAGAGUAUGGAGAAGAACAUCAAGAACUGGUUAGAAGCCACGGUGAUACUCAUCUCUAAUCUCUUCGACGGAGAGAGAAUCUUAUGCGACCACGUGUUCUCCACGUGCGUCUCCGUCGCCGAGUCUUGCUUCACUGAGAUCACCUUAGACAGCGCCUUGACGCUCUUCGUCUUCCCCGUCUCCGUCGCCAAAUGUCGAAAAUCCGCGGAGAAGAUCUUCUCCACGAUCGACGUUUACCAGACGAUCUCUCACCUUCUCCCCCAAAUCGAAGAGAUCUUCAGCUACGAUUCCACCUCCGCCGUCCGGUUACAAGCCGCCGACUCGUUGAAGAACCUCGCCGAGGCGAUCAACUCGAUGGUGGCGGAGUUCGAAGCCUCGAUCACGAAGGAAGCUUCGAAACAGCCGAUUCCCGGAGGCGGUGUUCAUCAGCUGACGAGAUACGUCAUGAAUUUCGUCGUCUUCCUCGCCGAUUACCACGAACCGCUCGCCGGAGUUCUAACCGAAUCGACGUUACCGUUGCCGGAAGAUUACUUCGGGCACAACGACGAGGAUCAUAACAACAACAACGGAGGCGAAACCGAUUCUCCGGUGACCACGAGAUUCGCGUGGCUAAUCCUCGUCUUGCUCUGUAAGAUCGACACGAAAUCUAGGGUUUACACCGACGUGGCGCUCUCGUAUCUCUUCUUGGCGAACAAUCUCCAUUACGUGAUCUCCAAGGUUCGUUCCUCGAAUCUGAGAGUCGUUUUAGGAGACGAGUGGAUCGCGAAUCACGAAGGGAAGCUGAGCCAGUACCUGGAGAAGUACGAGAAGAUAGCAUGGGGAGAAGUGAUGACGUCACUCUCCGACGAAGGGGAGAUUGUGAUGGAGGAAGACGCGGCGAAAGAGCGGUUGAGGCGGUUCAACGAGGCGUUUGAAGAAGCGUUUCAGAAGCAGAGCACGUGGGUCGUGCCGGAUUCGAAUCUGAGAGAGGAUUUGAAAGAUUCCGUGACGAAGAAGCUAACUAUUGCUGCGACGACGUUUUUUGGAAAGUACCACGUGGAGACGUGGGGGGAGAUUGUCAGAUUUGUCCCUGGAGAUUUGGGUAAUUACCUUUCUGACCUCUUUAUAGGUACCGGUGAAGCGUGUAUUAUUGUUCCUUCGCUUAAACCUUCGGAUUCGGUACGUUCGAUUUCCGAAUCCGGACGUUGA